CACACUCCGUCGAAAGGGUGCAAGCCGACGGUAACACUUCACUGGUGACAGUUUCGGUGAUUCAAAGUGAAUAAACGUGAUUGCAAGUUCAAUUGUGGUGGCGAAAAUCAAAGGAUUUUCAGCUCUCUGAUUCAAUGAAGAUUGUGCUCAGUUGAAUCGAGUUUUUUUUCCGAAUUAUUGGGGAUUGAUUGGGAAUUGGGUUUGCAAUGGCGACGGAAGAAAACAGAAGUCCUGCGAGUUCUCCGAAGCCAUCAUUAGUCGCGCAACCAACACCUUUCAGCAUCGAGGAUAUUCUCAGUCACUCGAAAACCCAGGGAGAAUCAACAGACAUCCGUCGCUCGAUGCCUGAGGAAUUCCCCGAAAAUUCUCUCCAUGGACACAAUUCGGAUUUCCCAGUGUACGACCGAAGCCCCUGCAGUUCCAUGGAGCACGACCCGAGAUUAUCCAAUCGCUCAGUAUUCCGGAAGGAACCGUCCUCACCCGAUUGUCAAGCGAGUGUUGUGCGAGAGUUGGAUCUUCUCCGCAGGAAUCUCGCCCAGGCGAAUCUAUCCAAUUUCGGGAAUCUUCCAAGAGCCAGUUUCGAUAAUUUCGAUCGUCUCGGCAUCACAUACAGGAAGAUGAAGGAGUCCGCGAAUCGCCAGCAGGACGAGGCUCUUGACAUGAGCAAGAGUAAAUAUCUAGACGACAUUGAGGACGAUCUUUACGAUUCUCAGACCCACGGGCAAUCUCUUCAAAACCGAAAGAAGAGAAGUAGAGCUGCUUUUUCCCAUGCCCAGGUCUAUGAAUUGGAGAGACGGUUCGCAGCGCAAAAGUAUCUCUCCGGACCGGAGAGGGCUGAUCUCGCGAGGGGGCUCAAGUUGACGGAGACACAAGUGAAAAUUUGGUUUCAGAAUCGAAGGUACAAGACUAAAAGACGUCAACAACAAGAAUUAGGCGCUCUGGUAAACUCAAACACUGCCAGAAGGGUAGCUGUGAGGGUACUGGUCCAUCCUGAUGAGCACCUGAGAGGGCUUCCACCCCUUCGCGGCUCAAAUCUCCAUCUCCCCGGGCAAAUCAGCUGUCCACCUCAAAUCCAUCCAUCCAAUAAAGCUUUAAACACGUUUCCUUACUACUGCCUUCCCUAUCACCCCCUCCUCUGUCCAUCUCUACAUUCGCCUCACAUACAAGUUCCGGGGAUUCCCGAGUUGGAGCAGAUUCCACGUGAUACCCAAAUAACAAAAAUCAAUCAUGAAAAAUAACUAGUUCCACCGGAUAAUUGAGAUUCACUGACACAAAUAAAUGUAAUGAGGGAGCAAAUUGUCUCGAUAUUUCAACUACGCGAUUUAGAUAAUUACGU